UGUUGGUUUUUGAACUAAAAUCUGUCAUCUUAAAAAUCACAGUGUUCUUAAGACCACAAAGAAAUUUGGAAUCAAUAGACCCACAGUUUACAAUUCGGAGGAAAAUGGAGCAGAUGAGAGAAGAGAGAGAGCUUGUUGAACAGCUGCGUGAGAACAUUGAAACAAGACUAAAGAUAUGUUUGCCUGAGGACUUGGGGUCUGCUCUCAUGGAUGGUGUAGUUCUCUGCCAUUUAGUAAAUCACAUUCGACCUCGGUCAGUAGGAAGUAUUCAUGUACCUUCACCAGCAGUACCUAAACUUAGCAUGGCCAAAUGCAGGAGAAAUGUUGAAAAUUUCCUGGAUGCAUGUAGAAAGCUGGGGAUACCAGAGGAGAAGCUCUGCCUACCACAUCACAUCCUAGAAGAAAAGGGCUUGGUAAAAGUGAGCAUAACAGUUCAAGCAUUGCUAGAUGUAACCACAGUGAAACAAGCUUUAUUCACGUGAAACUACUCUCUCUGCUGUUACCAGCUCCACUGUGCCAUCAAAGAAUCAAAUCACUGCCCGUCUUUACAGACUGCAUUGAAAAAAAACAGUGCUCCAAGAGUAUUCUGAUACUUCUGAUUUUAAAAUCAUCUUUGAGACUGUACACGUGCAUCCAACUACAAACCAGAGACUAAAAGAAAACAUUUUAUAGAGCAAAUUGGGGCCUCACUGCUUUUCUAGCUUGCUUUGUACAGUACUUACUGGAACAGCCACCUCUGCCACGUAAAAAUGUGUGGAGUACACAGCUGUCUUGCAGCAAGAUACCUUCGUAUUAUUAAACUAAGAAUCCUCAUAAUCAUUUUUGGAGGGAGGGAGAGUAAGUCAGACUUCUGCCACAUCAGGUUUUUCUGCAGUUGUUUCGGGCUAUUGCCUUUUAAAAAUAUCCAGACACAAAAAUAUUUAUAUAAAUGUUAUUUAUUAGUGAGUUGUUAUUCAUCCUUUGGAUGCAAAAUGUAAAUUAGGAAACUGUAUUUUAUUACUGCUUUUUUUGUGGUUAAACACUUUAUUUUAAUAUAAAUAUUUAGUUAUUUUUUAUUCUACUAGGGGUGCAGUAGCUCUAGAUCUCCAUACAUUGUAUUUUCUAACUCCUAAGAGCAAAAGCAAACCAAGUAGGUGCUUCAGUUCAAAGAACAGCUAGCUGGAAUGGCAUUCUUUAAUUUUCAAUGUGUGGAACAUCGAUGAAAGUUUGUCUGCAUUCCGUUUAUUUCCUACAUUCCAGCAGCACUUUUCCCCCCAACCCACACCCACACACACUUGAUGCAAUUGGCUGAAGCAGAGCACACCCAUGACUUGUAUAUAGAUGUUUAAAAUAGGAAAGACGUAAACUUGAAAAAUAAAUGUGAAUAUUUUUGAUUGCUUAUUUUACUAUGCACAAGACAUUUAACUUUUGCCACAACAAAAUGAACGAUGUGCAUUAGGAUCGUGUGUCUUGAAAUAUGAUUUUUGCACUGUAACUUGAUUUUCUUUUAAAGACUACGGCACUACGGAACAAAUAGAACAGAGCACAAGAAAUGCUAACAGGUAGCCAAAAAUUUUUUCUUCAUUAAUUAAUUCCUUCAAGAGGAGAUAAAAUCGUUAAUAUUGCCAAGGGCAGUCUUACAUCUGACCUUCCAGCUGCUGGCUGCAGUGCUUCUCCCCGCAGCCUCCACCGUUCAAUGAGGUCAUUGGGUUCCCCCUGAAUCGAGCACAACGUUCUGUAGUGGGACUGGAGGUCCGAUCCUACAAACAUUCACGUCAGCAAUAGGAUAGAAGCUUCUCUUUCUUAGCACUACUUUACGUUUUUUGAAAAGAUUUUUCAGGAGCAUAAUUUAUUCUGAAAGCAUCAUCUUUAGAUCCAGAAGUCCCAGCGCAGUUAUUAUCACAGUGUCUGGAACUUCCACUUUCCGUAGCUUGGACAGAGGCUGCAAGUGUGAGUUGGGUGGGCAGGGUAGGAGAGCUGCGUGUGGGGGAAGGUGAGCUGAGCCGCCAGCUCUGUGCUGCACAGGGGCUGUGGUUGGAAAUAUGCACCAUGAUGGAAAUGAGGCGAUGUGGUGGGAGAACAAACAGGAAGAGAACGUGGAGAAAACUGUUGUAUAAGGACUUUCUGAAGGCACGAUGCAUACUUGUCACUACUGCACACCUAGGCUAAGUUACCUGCGUGUUUGCACUGAUGCUGCAGUUCAAAACAGCUGUGCUCCAAUAGCAGACUUUCAGUCUAUAGUGCAGUAUUUGAAUGCAGGCUGUGCGUUGCAACACCACGGACUGCCAACGUCUGUACUGAGAGCAACUUGUUAGAGUGGGCCUACAGACACACACACAGUAUGCAUGGGAUAGCAGUUACUUCAACCAAAGCAAAAGCAUUUAUGUUAUAGAGGGAACGGCGACUUAAAAUGGUAAUUUGGAUUGGCAGCUAUAGCAUAUUGUUUCCUAUCAAAUGUACUGUGCACUUUACCGCUAAAUUAAAAUGUAUUUUAAUAUUUUACAGAGCUGCACAAAUAUCUGUUUUGUCAAAAAGCACGAGCAAUGUAAAGAAAAAUAGGUUUUUGAGGUAGAGUUUAUCACAUUUUAAAAAGCAUUCAAAGAUUGAUUAUAAAAUAGGAAUAUUGAUUUCUGCAUCUCGAGGGAUAAAAAUGCAGGUUUCCUGAGUAUUUUUUUACAAUGUAUAUAUGGCAACAUGAAGCUUUGUAAUUAUUAUUUUGACAAAUCUUGGUUUUUCAUAAUUAAAAUUUUGUUUUCCUCCUGA